GCUGCAGCCUCUGGGGAUAUUCCCGCUUUGGAGCUACUUAUGAACUGCGGAUACACCACGGAUACAAGAGCAGACGACCAAUCAACUGCACUACAUUGCGCUGCCAGAAGCGGUCAAGCGAGGACGGUUCAAUACUUGCUCGAAAGAGGGGCUAGUUGCGAAGCAUGGAACGAUAAAUAUCGGACACCAUUGCAUGAGGCUAUUUUGAGCAGCGAUUCUGAUACAGUGAAAGUCUUAAUCCAGCACAAAUCGGAAGACUAUCGCACAUACUUAAGUUCUCACCCACUUCGAAUGUUGACGAUAAUCCACAUUGCUGCCCGGUAUGGAAACAUCGAAGUUGUAAAGCAAUUACUAAGGAAAGAUGACAAAGCUGUUUCCUUUCGAGACAGGGAAGGAAAAACACCUCUAUACUACGCAGCAUUCAAAAGACACUGGGAAGUAGUCCACUUACUCCUCCAACAU